AUGGCAUCUCUUUUAGGAGCACAGUACGAGUCGUCAAGCGAUGAUGACGCAGGCUCUGCGCCUAUCAGGUCAAACCCAGCGCCAGCUAUCGUAGCAGCGCCAGAUGUCCCGGUAGAGGGCUCAUCGCAAUUACACCUAAUGCUUAGAAAACCAACAGAUACUGCCCUAACAUAUAACGCAACCUACGAUGAUCUCACGCGACCCCAAGCAGGGCCAGCAAAUCCCUUCAAGAGCGGAAACUCCAUGUCCGGGAUAAAGAGGAAAAAUGUGUUGACCGGAUAUGCCGAAGAAGCCGCAAUAAGUGAGGCAACCUUUAUCACGCAACAGCGCACCUUCCAGAGCUUAGGUUAUACCAAAGAUCCCUCUCAACCUGGGGCGUUUGUGGGGGAUAUGGAGCAGGUGGCGCGGUAUGAGGGGAAAGAUGUAGUGCAGAUGCGUCCUUCUAAGGAGGAGAGCGCUGCGAUACGGCGAAAGAGACAAAAGAAGGGCGAUUCAAGCAUAGUUGAAGGGGAGGGGGCCUACUUGGGGCCGUGGGCAAAGUACGAAGAUGACGAGCUGGCUGGUAGAGAGGCCGAUGCGCUGGCUGAGUUGGGCAGUGAUGAGGAAUAUAUUGAAGAAUCUAUUGUUCCGUCUAACAUACCGGCGAUGGAUAAGAAGGCAACGGCCUACCAGGAUGAUCUAUCUCGCACAGAAACGACAGAGUUCCACGGCACAGAAGAGCGCGAUUACCAAGGACGGACAUAUAUGCACGUACCGCAGGAUUUGGAUAUCGACCUCAAGAAAGAGCCUGGGAGCGCGAAGAACUUCAUACCCAAGAAGUUGGUUCACACUUGGAAAUCGCACACGAAACCCAUUACAUCGUUGCGCUUCUUCCCAGGCUCUGGACAUCUCCUACUUUCAUCUUCUGCGGAUUCAAAGGUAAAGCUAUGGGAUGUGUAUCAUUCACGAGAGCUACUGCGCACAUAUUCUGGUCAUUCUAACUCGAUAUCGGAUACCACCUUCGAUCCCACGGGAGCUACUUUCCUAUCUGCUUCGUAUGAUCGGCAAAUCAAGCUUUGGGACGCAGAGUAUGGAAAGUGUAUCCAACGAUUCACAACAGGAAAAACUCCUCACGUUGUCCGAUUCAACCCAGACCCUGCCAACUCCCAUGAAUUCCUUGCUGGCAUGUCCGACAAGAAAAUUGUUCAAUUUGACAUACGAACUGCAGCUAUCACCCAGGAAUAUGAUCAUCAUCUUGAUGCUGUCAAUACCCUUACCUUCGUCGAUAAUAACCGUCGCUUCAUCUCUACUUCAGACGACAAGUCACUGCGCGCCUGGGAAUACAAUAUUCCAGUCCCUAUCAAAUUUAUAGCCGAACCACAUCUCUACGCCCUUGUUCGUGCUGCUCCUCAUCCUAAUGGCAAAUAUGUUGCUUUCCAGUCCGGGGACAACAGUAUUGUUGUCUAUGGGGCCACAGAUAAAUUCCGACAGAAUAGGAAGAAGCUUUUCAGAGGACACAACAAUGCAGGGUAUGCAAUUGACGUUGCUAUCAGUCCUGAUGGCCAAUUUGUCACGUCCGGUGAUAGUGGUGGAUAUGUCUGCUUUUGGGACUGGAAGACUGGCAAGAUGUGGCAUAAGAUUAAAGCCGGAGGGAAGGAAGGCUCCGCUGUUACAUGUGUGGACUGGCAUCCCCGAGAGACUAGUAAAGUUGCCACGGCUGGUUUGGAAGGAGUCAUUAAAUAUUGGGAUUAG